AAAAAUGAAAGCGCGGUGGUGGGACCCACUCACAUGGCCCUGGCAUUUUCAUAUUAUAAAGGUAGCUCACUCACUCACUCACCCACUCCAUACACAGACAUCAUCACAGUGACCAAAAACGACACUGUUUCGAUCCAAGAUCUCAGUCACGUCACGCCAAGAUCUUCUCUUGUUCCGCCACGCCAAACCCUAGGCUCCACCGAGCAAUGCGGGGUUUCUCGGGAGAGGGUUAGCGUAGAGGAGCCAAACGGGAAAAUGCUCUCUUUCGUUUUCGUCGUUGUUGUCACCUUUAUCUCCCUCUGGGAGUUUUGCCAGUGCCACGACCACGUCUACACGUUCACUAUGCACCACCGCCACUCCGAGCCCGUCAGGAAGUGGUCCCACGCCGCCGCCGGAAUCCCCCCUCCGCCCGAAAAGGGCACCGUCGAGUACUACGCUGAGUUGGCCGACCGCGACCGCUUCCUCCGCGGCCGCAAACUCUCUCAAAUCGACGCCGGCCUCGCUUUCUCCGAUGGCAACUCCACCUUCCGCAUCAGCUCCCUUGGAUUUUUGCAUUAUACGACAGUUGAAAUAGGGACACCGGGAGUGAAGUUCAUGGUGGCGCUUGAUACCGGAAGUGACCUGUUCUGGGUACCCUGUGAUUGCACAAGAUGUGCUGCUACUGAUAGCCCAGCCUUUGCUUCGGCCUUUGCUUCGGAUUUUGACCUUCAAAUAUACAAUCCUAAUGGAUCUUCAACUAGCAAGAAGGUUACUUGUAACAACAGUCUGUGCACGCACCGCAGCCAAUGCCCCGGGACAUUCAGCAACUGCCCCUACAUGGUCUCUUAUGUCUCUGCUGAAACGUCUACAUCAGGAAUACUAGUGGAAGACGUUCUGCAUUUGACAAAAGAAGAUAAUCACCAUGACCUUGUUGAGGCAAAUGUCAUAUUUGGAUGCGGACAAAUUCAGAGUGGGUCGUUCUUAGAUGUUGCUGCUCCCAACGGUUUGUUUGGGCUAGGUAUGGAGAAAAUAUCAGUUCCUAGCAUGUUAUCUAGGGAAGGAUUUACAGCAGAUUCAUUUUCCAUGUGUUUUGGGAGUGAUGGCAUUGGAAGGAUAAGUUUUGGGGACAAGGGAAGUUUUGAUCAAGACGAGACACCAUUUAAUCUGAAUCCAUCACACCCUACCUAUAACGUCACAGUCACUCAAGUCCGUGUAGGAACAACUCUAAUUGAUGUGGAAUUCACAGCCCUCUUUGAUUCUGGGACCUCUUUCACAUAUUUGGUUGCUCCAACUUAUACGAGACUUACUGAGAGUUUUCAUUCCCAAGUACAAGACAGGCGGCGUCCAUCAGAUUCAAGAAUCCCUUUUGAAUAUUGCUAUGACAUGAGUCCUGAUGCAAACACUAGCCUGAUUCCUAGUGUAAGUUUGACUAUGGGAGGUGGAAGCCAUUUUGCUGUUUAUGAUCCAAUAAUUAUUAUCUCCACUCAGAGCGAACUUGUAUAUUGUCUAGCAGUUGUCAAAAGUUCCGAACUAAAUAUCAUUGGACAAAACUUCAUGACUGGCUACCGUGUGGUAUUUGACCGAGAAAAACUCGUAUUGGGAUGGAAGAAAUUUGAUUGUUAUGACAUGGAGGAUCGCAAUGCCAUCCCUAUAAGACCACACUCACAUGCAGAUGUACCUCCUGCUGUCGCUGCUGGGCUUGGUCACUACCCUGCCACGGAUUCAUCCAGAAAGUCCAAAUACAACAACUAUCAUAGCUCAACUGCAUCAUCACCAUCUUCACAUUAUACGCAUAAUUCACUUCCAACUUUCCUGGGAUUUCUUGUGUUCUGUUUUGUUUAUAUUCCGUAAUCAUUCAUUUGUAUGGGCCGGUGGUAGUUUUUGAUCCUACGUGUUGAUAUAAGAGUAUGUUGAUAUAGUCCAGUCACGAAGAAUUUAUGUAUGAAUUUUACUCUCACGAUAUAAAACCACAUUGUAAAUCAGUAAAUGCCAUUUGCAUUAUAUUUUCUCUU